UUGUUGGGUACGGGAUCGGAGGCGGAUCCUUUUCGUAUUGGCUUAACAAGCCUACAACUCAUGGAACGCUACAUCGUCGUUCAAAACGAUCCUGAUCUCACUACUUUGAUUCAUUUGGAUUGUACACAUGGUGUGGUGAAACAGAAGUAUCCUGUUUUUGUUGUGGGCAUCUCGGAUUGUGCUGGUGGAUUCCUACCCAUCGUUUACUACUGCGCAUCUCAGCGUAGAGGCGUCGACAUCUCGUGGUGUCUAGCGUUUCUGAAGCGUGUGGUGUUUAGCGAGAUUCAGGUCCGCUUCAAGCCUGACUUUGUCAUGAUGGAUGCUGACAAAGCCCAGUACAACGCGUGUGCUGCUGAGCUACCUGAAACCACAGUGCUUAUGUGCUGGUUUCAUGUCACUCAGAAUGUGCACAAAUAUGCAGAUGAGAAUGGUUUGGAUGGGGUAUCUCGCCCGUUGCUUUUUCGCAAUCUUUAUGAUCUGCACUUUGCCCCGGAUGAGGAUAGCUACAUGCAGAAACGCGCUUUUGUGAUCGCGUCGUGGAAUGGUGCAAGUCUUUGUGUCCCCGAUUCAAACCACAUUAUCAAGACGUGGUUUUUGGAUCCUCGCUUUUCUAAGUGGCAAGCGUAUCACACACCGACGGGGUACGCAGCUACAAACAACCCUCUCGAAACGUACCACUAC